AAUGCUAGUUUCCAAAAAUUCAGAUACUGAAAAUGAAAAUAACAUAAACUUAUAGACACCAAGACAUAACCUAUCCUUUGUUGCUAUAUAGAAGGAAGAUUGGAGUUAAAUUAUAGAAGAAGAAUCUAUAAAUGAUUUCAGGUAGAAAGAUCUAACAUUGGCCUUGUUUUAUUCAACCUUUCUUACAAUAUCAGAGUACUACUAUAAUAAAUAUUUAGUCAUAUAAAUUUAUUGCACAUAUUUUCACAAUUAAAAGACUUCGAAAUGCCAAAUCCAUAAGAGCCUAGUGCAUAUUAUGCAGAAUUGAUAGAUAGAGAUGUUGGAAGAACUUAUUAAUAGAUUCCAUAUUUUAAAGAUAAAUCAAACUAAGACUAAUUAAGAAAGAUCUUGCUUAAUUAUGCAAAUUAUGAUCCAGAUGUUGGUUAUGCUUAAGGAAUGAACUUCAUUGCUGGAACCUUAGUUUACUUUUAACUUCCUGAACCUUAAAAAAUAUUCAAUUAAUUAAUUUACAACCAUAGAAAUAACUAUCUAUCAGGAACUCCAGGUCUGUUUGAAAAUUUAGCAAAACUGAAAUUUAAAUUGAAGACUUCCAUUCCUAAAUUAUUUAAGCAUCUUUAAGAAAUUGGCCUUAAUGAUUUGGGCAUUUGCUUUAGCCCUUUCUAUCUAACCAUGAUGCUUUAAAAUACACCCUUUUAAUACUAAAUGCUCAUCUUAAAUAUUUAUUAAUUAAUGGGAUAAAAAUAUAUUACAAAAUUAUUAAUCGCCAUGCUCAAACUUUCUAAAAAUACAAUAAUGAAAAUAAAAGAUGUAGAAAAAGUUAAUCGGUACAUAAGAACAGAAUUAGUAGUUAGCUUUUUCUAAGAAAUCGAAAUUUGUAGAAAAGAAUAACGACUUAUCUAAUUACUAUUUAAUAUUGGAUUAAUAAAGCGUGUUAAUCAAUAUUGA